UUUUUAAACUUUGCCUAGACUAGAAGUUCUACUCUCCUCUUUCAACUUAAAAUUGACCGCAGCUAGAUCUAGUAGAUCUUUACUAGAUUUAGAUCUAUCUAGAUCUAGAUUCUAGAUCUACUUGAAUGGAAAGUAAACAAAAGUUCCCAUAGAUUUGACAGACGUCAUGUCGGCAUCGAAGUCAAAGUCAAAGUCAAAGUCAAAGUAUGCUGAUGUGUCUCAGUACUUGUUCAAGGUAUUGAGUUUCUCGAAUUGGUCAUCAAUGGUCUCCGUUUCAGGCAUGGCUAUGGUGUCAGACCUAUGCAACAAAGACAAAGACGAAGGAUUUCGAAAGGCUGCCAUUGAUAAUGGCGUUGUGAAGCAGUUGGUUGGUAUUCUGAGCAGACGGAAUGAAUAUUUUCAUGGAAGUGUAGAGCAAAUAGAAUCCCUGCUUAAACCUAAGUCUCCUCAAGGUUCUUUAGAUCUUUCAGAAGAUUCGACCGCUGUAAGGGUGCCUCUGCAAACAACCCUUGCUUUGAAAUGCAUUUAUGAAUUUUGCUCAAUUUAUAGUAUUCACCACUACAAGUUUCUGGAUGAGAGUUUUCUGCAAUGCCUGUUAGGAUAUUUGACUAUGCAUCGUGAUGCUUCGAUGAACAAUUUCCAAAGCUUUUAUCAGUUUGGACCUUCGUUCACAAUGGCUUUGAAAGACAUUGUCAGGUCCUAUGGAUUUGAUAUGAAGGUAUCAGCCAACUGGGACAGCCCUAUCAAUGCACAGGGGGAACUGUUAUUUUACAAACCUGCUUUCAUGAAAGUGAAAGAUGUUCAGUUGAAAAGCAGAAGUGUUUGGUAUGUAACGAUUAGAGACGGAAGUUUGAACCCUGAUAGUGACCUACACAAGAGACUUAUUAAAGAGAAAGUUGCUUGGGAGAAAGGGCUUGAUCUUGGGGAAGUAGGAGCGCAUUCAGAAUGGCGGAAAAAUGGGACCAAAAAUGCCCCUGAAUCACCCACAGCCAGUUUGGAACUCACAGCCCUGAAAUGGAAGAGUUGUUGUGUGACAAGUGUUGUCAAUGGAAACUUCCUGUGGGCUUUGCUUGGUGAUGACACAAUAAAAACAGCAUCUGCUAUCUCGUCGUCGCUCAAGAAAGAUCUUCCUUCAUUGAAGAAAGCCAAGCCACACCCUGAUGAUGUGGUGGUUGUGGAGGCACAGUCUCCAUCGGAGCGAGACGUUUUUCGUGCUCGGGUUGUGGAGGCAGCUGGGGGUGUGGUCACGGUGUUUGGGGUGGACAGUGGAGUCAUGAGAAAAGUGCCAAUCCACUGCGUCUAUGCUCUGCCUUCGCAUCUCACUCUGGAGGAGAUCCCAGCAACAGUCUCGCUCGUUCGUUUAAAAGGUAUUAACCCACCACCUGUGGAUCCUCGUGGUGUUGAAUUGGCGGCUGCCUCUCUGAUGUUGGUCUCCAGGAACAGUAUCAACACCUGCAGUCAGCUCCUGGAAUUGGACCUCUUGACACAGUUUCCGGAUCUGAUCCACAGUCCUGACCCCCAUGUAAGUUGUCAGGCACUCUCCCUGGCUGCAACACUGGUGACGGGAAAGGCAAGGAAAUGUUGCAAGAAAUGGCUCAAGAUUCUCUUCGCUACUUUAGUUGUCUUGAAUAGAUGUGUGCAGCGUCAAUUACAGCAUGCGGAGAACCAACGCUCUGAGACUACGACUGACAAAGUGUGUCAGAAAAGCCUGCGGUUAUCUGACAUCAGCCCAGCGGACAAUUCUAACAUCAUUUCAUCUUGCUUGCAGCUUCUUGUCAACCGUCUGUACAUGUGCCGAGAAGCGAAAAACUUUUUCUACCGCGUUCAAGGGCUGGAUGUGGUGAUGAAUGCGUAUGCUGUGAGUAAGAGAAACCUCAAGCUGAAGAAGUGGGCCACGCUUGUGUUUUGCAACUUUGUGCACGUCACCACGUCUCGGCGAGGGCUCCCUGAUCAAGGCAGAAAGAAUGGAGAUGAGCGAAGUUCCUCAUCCGAUUCUGUGCCGUCCAUGAAGGCCAAGACUAAGCAGUCAGAGAUGAACCUGGGGUCUCGAGCUGAGCAGCUGCAAGCUCUUGAGGAAGAGAGUGAUGACGAGGAUGCUGAUGACUCAGGCAUCGCUGAUGACAACUUCUUUCCGCAUGUCGCUCAAGAUCAAUCUGAUUGUCCCUUUUCAGAUGGAGCGGUGAUGGACAUAGAGAGUUGUCUAAAGAAUGGAAAUGUCCCUUUCUACGUAGCAGAAAGCUUUGUGUCGUUCCGGCCUGAUGACCGUCAUGAGCUGUUCCAGACUGCCCAGCUCAAUAUGGCCUCAUUUGCCACUGUCAUCUGUGGGAUGCUGAACACAGGCCACGAAGGUACCAUCUAUCUGGGCAUUUCGGAGACAGGCCAGGUGGAUGGCGUGGAGCUGUCACAUGACUUCCGAGACGAUAUCAGACUGGGCGUGGACAAGAUAAUGAUGUCACGACUGACACCCACCGUGCUGCACUCACAGUUCAAGGUUAUCUAUGUGCCUGUGGUGAAGUGGGUCGGAGAUGAUAAAGAGCGACACGUAGCUCGUGUCGCCAACCGCUAUGUCGUGGAGAUCUCAUUCAAACCCGUGCCUAAAGUGAUUUACUGCUGCAAAGGGGAUGAGAGCUACUACCGCACAGGUUCCACCACUAUGAAGCUCAGCCAACAGGAUGUCCGUCACAUGAUCGUCAUUGAGGAGGAGGCUUGGCACAGGGACCAGAUUAUUUCUCUUCAAAAACAGCUCAAGGAACUCAAAGAUAUUGAUGAUAGACUUUAACCCCCUCCCUGCCGGGCUCAGCGGGCCAAGAAGUGCUUCCCCUGUGCCAUGUGCCUGCUGAUUCGGUGGCCUGUGAUAAAGUCAUUUUUAGUAGGUACCCCAAAACCCCGCCUCUGCGCAGUUGAAAGUGUGUAGGAAGCUCGAAAUUUUAUCAUUUUUAAUCGACCAUAACUCAUCUCCUUUGACACUAAUCGUCACCCCGUUUCAAACUAUGUCAGUUCAACUAUUGUUUUUACCUGAAGUCAAAACUAUUAUGGACGACACAUAGCGAAAUAUUGUAAAGUAAGCUCUCUAAAAAGGUUACCGAGAUGUUCAGUAAUGUGUUUUUCGCAGCCAUUUUAAUGCCGGCUACGGUGACAAAAAUCGAGGGUGCUUCAUGUUAUUUUCUGGUCACAUGACUUUUUCCUUCUAUCUAUGAUUCCGUAAUGGCGACCUCUUUUUUUAAAGAUCAUAGCAAGCUUCAUGAACUCGUCUGUGAAGGGGGUGCAGCUGGCGUUUGUUCAUGGAUGAUGAAUGAAUAUAAUAUUCUUGAAUAUUGUGAACAUCAGACAAAAUGUUUGAUGACUAAUUCAUUUAAGUGGGUUUUUUUCCCCAAUAUGUCUUUAAACUCAUCUAUUAUAAGACAAGCACCUGCACCAGUUGAAUUAUUUUUUUAUACAUAACUUUUUGAGGCCGGUUUACUGUUGAAAAUGGACUCUCCUACUCGAGAGCUUCAUUCAUCAUAGUUCGGGAUUAUCAAAUAAGUCGGUGCCUUUAGAAUUGCUAGAUGUAUUCCUGAAUAGAACCAUUUUUUUUUUUUUAGAUUAAUGAGCCAUGGCCCUUUGAACUUUGUGGCAAAUCUAACUUGUUUCUCCCCCACUCUCUUAUUGAGGUUGCCAUGUUCACAUGGAGGACAAAUAUAUAUAAUGAUGAACUCAAUGAUCUUUGAUGAGAGUCAAGUGGUGGGCGGAAGUCAUCUCAACAAUAAUAAAGAAUCAUUAAGAUUCCAACAAAAAGAGUGUACUAGUGUAAUCAAGAGAAAUAACUAAGAAUAAUCAUACAAAUAAUCAGGUGUAUUCUGAUUGUUAGUUUCAGGCGUUUCAUUUUCAACUACUCUUUCUUUUGUUUUAACUUCAUCUUUGCCAAAGACUUGGUCGUCUGAAGGCAGUACAACAUAGUUAGGUUCUUCAAGUGAAUGUUGGUUCUUUAGAAACUUUACACAUCUAACUUUCUUUACAAGUUGAUUUUCUGGGAAGUAAACAAAGUAAGAAGGAAAUGCAAAACAGGCUUUGCCAAAUGUCUCCAUGUUUGCAAUGUUGGGCUUUUUCCCAGUCAUGCUUUGGAAAGGGGUACAAUCAAUGUUUUUGUGAUAGCACCUGUUUCAGAUGUAUGCUGAGGCCAAAGUUGCAUACGUCCAAAGGUUUUUGGGAAGCCCAGAUUGCAAAAGAAGGCAUCUUGACAUAUCAAAAAGGCUUCGCCAUGCUCUCCCCGCCUUUCCAUUCUGGUGAGGAGAGUAUGGUGCAGUCAGUUCAUGUUUUGUUUUGUUUAAAUUAAGAAGAGCACUAAAUUCUUUUGAAAUAAAUUCCCCCCCUUGAUCACUCCUAACAAUUUUCACAUUCCCUUAGGGAGAAAUGUCAGCAAGAUAUUGCUUGAAAGCUUUGACAGCAUCACAUUUCUGCUGUAUGAAAUACACAGACGUUAGAUUGGUGAAUUUGUCCACACAAGCAAGAGAAUACCUCAUGCCAUUGAUGUCAGGUGGAUCAACGGGUCCUGCUAGGUCAAUGUGAACAAUAUCUAGCAGUCCUCGAGCAGAAAAGUCUGGUUUCCGACUGCGGAUGUCUGGCAUUUUGCCUAAAGCUCACACUUAACAAUCGAAAUCGGGACUGUCGGUAAUAAUAAUUCCCUCUGCUUUGGCUUCCAACUUCAGGAUAUUACAGUGUCCCAAAAUAAUAUGCCACUCCUUCAGGCUGUGACGGGAUGUUUUCGUGUCUGACGAAGAAUUGAGGAAAUAUAACUUUCCAUCUUUAUGAAUAUUAAAUGUCGUUCCGUGUGAAUGGAGUUUAGUACAAUGCUGUUUGAAUUGGACUGAUGCUCCUUUCUCAGUUGCUGCGCGCACAGAGAAGAUAUUUUGGGCGAAAGAAGGGACGAAGAGAGCGUUUGUGAGCGUUACAUUGCGUCGUCGUCCUGUGUUGUCCGUAAGCGAAAUAUUUGCGUUGCCCUGUCCCAUUGCAACAUUUGCACAUCUGGUGCCAUCAGCCAGCUCUAUGAUGUGCUUAGCGGGGUCAAAUUGAUUUUGAAAGCGGACGAAUCUGGCUUUGUCGUUCACAACAUGGACGGUUGCACAGCUGUCUACCAGGAAGGAGUCGGUUUUAUGACGACUGGAUGGGUUUAACUUGGUAUGUGACAGAUCGUUGAAGGUGAAGACAUAUUGGUCGUCCCGAUUGUUGCCGCAGAGGUCGUCCGUUUCUGCAACCUUGAGUUUGGAUAUCUUUCUGCAGAACUUGGUAUCAUGUGUGUUACUCCUGCAAUGAUCACACCAUCUGCCUCUUUUGGGUCCUUUGCUGGAUUUCGUCUGCAGUACUCUGUGUCAUGGUUGUUCCUUCUGCAGUUAUAACACCAACGUUUAGGUCUGGAUUCUGCAGAGCUCGCAUUUGUCAUCAUGACAGAAGUUGGUUUUGGUGGCAGAGGCUUGAUCUUUUCGUUGUCUUCAUAGUUCCUGAGGGCUAUCUUAAAUUCCGAAAAGGUAAUUGGUUUGUCACGUUGAGUAACCACUGUGGUGAAGGGUUUGUAUGAUUGGGGUAAUCCCUUUAUCACCAUUGCUACGAGGAGACUAUCUUGGAUGGUUUCACCGGCAGUUUUUAGUGAUGCUGCGGCUGUCUCGGCCCUGAUAAUAUAGUCUGUGAUAGACUCUGAGGUUGACUUGACCAAUGACGUAAGUUCUGUACAGAGGGUUAUAAUCCUCGGUUUGCCUUUUGGCAAGUAGUGCUGUCUCAGUAUUUUUAAGGCAGCUCGGCCAUCGUUCCUCGCAUCCCUGAUUAUUAAAGACAGAGAUCUGUCGUCAAGAACUUGGACUAAUUCUGCUAAGACCUCUUCAUUUUUCAUGGAAUCUAUUGCAGCUUCAUUCUCAUCUAGAUCUUUUAAAACAUCGUCUAGACCUCUAAUUUUCAUAAAGCCUAGGAAUUUUAUCUCCCAUAGCUCGUACUUCCUUUCAUCUCCACUGAACUGGUUACGUUGUCUGGGCCCAUAACCUAUUGAAGUUGCCAUGUUCACAUGGAUGACAAAUAUAUAUAUAUAAUGAUGAACUCAAUGAUCUUUGAUGAGAGUCAAGAGAUGAUUUUUAUUUUAUCUUGCUCAAGGCACAUGCCACAAGUGGUGGGCGGAAGUCAUCUCAACAAUAAUAAA